AGCCUCCAGAAGCAGUGAGAAAAAACAUCAAUUGUAAGCAAUAAACAGCCUAAAGGUCUACGUAGUCUUAAUCUCUACCGCUCAGUAAUAAACUCUUCCUCCAUUUUCCUUUUUUUUUCCUCCCGGAGUUUACGAUUCCUCGUCAGCCAAGUACAUAAAAAGUCUUGACCGAGUAUUGAGGGUCUAAUCUCGCAUUCUUCACGUAAGAAUCCCGAUGGCAGCAGGGCUCACUAUUACUCAACCGCCGGCCCCGAAACGUCUCGGACAGCUGCCCCAGUUAACGGAGCUCAGAGACCCAGAUGACGAUUGGACGGGGAUCACUGAGGCGAGGGAUAGACGGAGACGGCAGAACCGUCUGAACCAGAGAGCUUAUCGCAGACGGAAGGCUCGGAAUGAGGAAUAUGCCAAUGUCACACCCGAAGAAGUCCACACGAAUGGAAUCCUCAUAUUCACCACUGCAAGAGAACGUGCCGUUGCAUAUGCAUUCAUGCAACUCGUUCACAUGCAACAUAGUCUGAAGAAUCAUCGUCCGGCACUUCUACCUUCGCUCAUCCGUCUCAACGCCGUUAAUGCCGUGUCGAGCAAUGCAGUUCACAUCGGUAUCCCGCUGCAGGGAUUAUGCUGCGACGAUGUGAUAUCGCCCUGGAACACGCUAGGUCCAGACGGUGCUCUAGUAAAAUCCUCAUGUCCCGAGUCGCUACGGCCAACAAAGCUACAGAUCGAGAUUGAGCAUCAUCCCUGGGUCGAUUUACUGCCGUUUCCUCAAUUGAGAGAUAACAUGCUAAAUGGAUACACGAGCGGUGUAUUUGAUGAGGAUGAGUUGUGUAUUGACAUACUUGGACUGAUGAGUAGUCAGGGUUUGGAUGAUGCUUACCUGAUUGUUUGGGGAGAAGCGCAUGAGGAGAGGAGUUGGGAGGUUAGUGUGGGAUUUUUGAAGAAAUGGGGAUGGUUGUUGAAGGGUUGUCCGGAGUUGGUUGAAUCAACGAAUCGAUGGCGGCAACAAAGAGGAGAAGCGAAACUAAAUAUUCAGGUCUAAUAAAUAACGAAGCGAUACGGAAAUAAUUGCGAGAAAAAAACGAAGCUAUACGAACGAAAGUGAAGAAGCGAAAUCAGAACAAAUGCGAGGAAAGACAGAGCACAGAGAGAAGCCAGCAAAACUCUGUCAAUCUAAAGAAAAACAAGAAAUCUUCAUAAAAUAUUAUUACUUGGCAUCGAGGAAGUGAUCAUGCGAUGGCCUGCCACUGCAAUAAUCGGGGAUACCCCAAUUCCCUUGACAGGUCAAAUACCCGUCAACAGCGCCAACAGCAACAUCUAUCACAAGUUAGCAAUAGCUCACCAAGCCCAGAGGGGAAAGCAUACUCAAGUCGAUACUCGUUCGAUGAACUCGGUUCCCGAAAUCUUCUUGCCCUUCUUCAAACCACUCCAACAUCCACAGUUGAAGUUACUUCCCGUCAACUUACACGCCGUACAUGACCCGUGAAAAUUCCCACUACACGCGAUUAGCAUCAACUCACAAUCUACAACCCCAAAAUCACCUAUCAUAGGUAGAUGCGAGUACUUACUUUGCACCACGACACAGCUCUCCCUCCGAGUUAAGCAAACACUUACUCAUCGCCAACCACGUACAGAGAUACUUGCCAUUCUUAUCAGGACACUUGGCGACGAGCCACGGCGAAGACUUAUACCCGGUGAAGCUGUUCUUGCGGGGAUGUGUGUCGUCUGCUUUGGCGAGGUAGAAGCGUACAUCUUUGCAUUUGUCGUAGAAACCGCCUGAUAUGAAGCGUGGUGCGAUGCGGGAGGGAUGCUGCUGGGAGAGGGAAGUUGUGUUGAGGGAGGGAGAGGGGGUAGCGAGGGUGGUAAGGGCGAGGGUUAGGAGGAGGAGGGGGGAAACAUUUUAAUAGUUUUUAGUUGUAAUACUGGUAAUUUUGAUAUGUUUGUUUGAUCUUUGAUCCAUGGGGCGGGAAUGGGAGUGGUGAUGAUAAUGGCUCUAUAUACUAUAGCCCUUGGCCUGGAGAAUGGGAAUCCGAGUUUUGCAUAGUCAGGGCAACCAGAAUCUUGACAAUAACGAUCACAUUCGUAUUAAUUCUUUGGCCAAUAUAUCAGACCGUGUCAAG